CGGCUUCAGUAACAGGAGCAUCACCAGGGAAGCGAGUCGGGCAGCCUGGUUGGAAGCAGCGGGGCUCCGACGGGUCUUCCAGCUGUGGGUCUCCCUGCAGCCCGUGGGGAGGGUCUCACCGUUGCACCCCUUGCAUUUGCCUGAGGAAUCCUUGCGGAGGAAGGAGUUUGCACAGUUCUGCCUGGCAGAUCCCCCCGCUGAGCAGAACUUGCCACCAUGCUCCUGCUGCUGCUGGGCAUCAUCGUCCUCCACGUCGCCGUGCUGGUGCUGCUGUUCGUCUCCACCAUCGUCAGCCAAUGGCUGGUGAGCGACGGGCUCACGAUGGACCUCUGGCAGAACUGCAGCAUGUCGUCCUCCGGCAGCAUCCAGCACUGCGCUCUCUCGUCGACUAACGAAUGGCUGCAGUCCGUCCAGGCCACCAUGAUCCUGUCCAUCAUCUUCAGCGUUCUGUCCCUGUUCCUCUUCUUCUGCCAGCUCUUCACCCUCACCAAGGGCGGGCGGUUUUACAUCACCGGAAUCUUCCAAAUCCUGGCUGGUCUGUGCGUGAUGAGCGCGGCGUCCAUCUACACCGCGAGGCACCCCGAGUGGCACCCCAACUCCAGCCCCAGCUACGGCUUCGCCUACAUCCUGGCCUGGGUGGCCUUCCCCCUGGCCCUGCUCAGCGGCGUCGUCUACGUGAUCCUGCGGAAGCGCGAAUGAGGCGCGGGCCCCGCACCGGAGCCGCUGCGCAUGCGCGGGGGAGGGAGGCGGGAAGCCCAGAAAACGCGGGAAAUUUAAAAAAAAGAGAGCGGUAGCCCCAGAAAACCCAAACUCAAACCAAACCAAACCGAAAGUAGCUGAGGGUGGGGUGACUGUUGAUUGAAGAUGUAUAUAAUAUCGACGGUUUAUAAAACCUAUUUAUAACACUUUUUACAUAUAUGUACAUAGUAUUGAUUGCUUUUUAUGUUGACCAUCGGCCUUGAGUUGAACCUUAAAGAAGUAUCUAAAGAACUUUAAACCCUAACAGUAUAAUCAAGCUCCGUAGUUUCAUUUUGGUUUUCUUUCUUUUUUUCUUUUGCCCAGAAAUAAAAUAACUCCAUCUUGCCCCUUCCCUUUUACCUGGAAGAAAGUACCUCCCCCCCAAUCCACCUCAUUGAGAAACCCACGGAGUGGGUUUAAUCCCCAAAUGGCCAAAUGCCCUUUUAUGGUGGGUCACCCAGUGCAUUAAAACAUAAACGUCCACUGCCUAAACCUCUGCGUUGAAGUCUGACGCACACAGGGCCAAAACCGCCCCACACUGGAGCCCCUGGCCAAAACACAGCUAGUGGCUUUGGAAUAACUGGCUCUCUCCGUUGGGUGUUUCAGUCACGCAUCUCAAUGAGAAAUCAGCGACAACAAAUCUGUGAAAUGGUGCUAUGUAUUUACCAUUCCUUAUUAUCACUGAUCAUCUAAACUACUCACUGGAAAGCCAAUUCAUAACCUUAUGACACAAAGUAGAACGAAGACCUGAAUAAUUCUGUGUAAUAGAAGUGGUUGAUAACCGCUCCCCUACCUAGUGAGGCUGCUAUCCUUACCAUAAUAAAUGAAUAAUAAGGCCCUUAUCACUCCUCACAUUUUUUCUUACGGUCAGAGCAUCAGGACAAGACUCUUGGACCCUCUGGGGCCGGGCGCUCCCAGGGUGUUGGCUGGGUCUAGAAUGUUCUCUGCUUCCAAGGACUGUCUGGCAAUGACUUGUAUCGGUCACCUACUGCAGAUGUACAUACGGUGCCUUUUCUGAUGCUAAGACUCCAGACCUUUAUUAUUAUUAUUAUUAUUAUUAUUUGCUUUGCUCUUUCUGAUUUUAUACCAACUGUGUGGACUAAGAUGCGUUAAGAAUAAACAUCAUAACAACUCA